CCACAGUCGGGUUCCUGGUUCAAGCUGCGUCGCUGGCGGUGGUGACGCGCACGGCUUGGAGGAUGGCGGACACCGGCUUGCGCCGCGUGGUUCCCAGCGACCUGUAUCCCCUCGUGCUCGGUUUUCUGCGGGAUAACCAGCUCUCAGAGGUGGCCAACAAGUUCGCCAAAGCGACAGGCGCUACACAGCAGGAUGCAAACGCCUCUUCACUCCUGGACAUCUAUAGCUUCUGGCUCAACAGGUCAGCCAAAGCCCCAAAGCGGAAGUUACAGGCCAACGGACCAGUCACCAAGAAGGCUAAGAAAAAGACUGCAUCCAGUGACAGCAGCAAGGACAGCAGCGAGGAAGAGGGAAAAGGUCUCGAACCUCCAGCUAAAAAGGCUGCUGUACUUGCCAAGCGGACCAGUUUGCCCCAGCAUCCCGUAAAGGCUGCGGCCCAAGCCUCCGAGAGCAGCAGCAGUGAAGAGUCUAGUGAUGAGGAAGAGGAGGAGGACAAAAAGAAAAAACCUAUUCAGAAAGUAGUCAAGCCCCAGGCUAAAGCAACUCCUCAGAAGGCUAAAAGCUCGGAUUCAGAUUCUGACUCAAGCUCGGAGGAUGAGGCACCUAAGAAGCAGCAGCCAAAAACAACACCUGUGGCAGCAAAGGCUCAGGCCAAAGCCACGGCCGCACUCAAACCAGUUGCGCCAGCCCGAGCAACAGUAAAAGUGGCUAAUGGCAAAGCGGCUAGCAGCAGCAGCAGCAGCAGCAGCAGCAGCAGUAGCAGCAGCAGUGAUGACUCGGAGGAGGAGAAGGCUGUGGCCAUUCCCAAAAAGGCUGUACCUAAAAAGCAGGUUGUGGCCAAGGCUCCAGUGAAAGCAGCAGCCACUCCUGCCCAGAAGAGCUCCAGCAGCGAGGAUUCCUCCAGUGAGGAGGAGGAGGAAGAGCAAAAAAAACCCAUGAAGAAAAAACCAGGUCCUUACAGUUCAGUGCCUCCGCCUUCUGCUCCCACACUUAAGAAGACCCCAGGCGCCCAGCCUCCCAAGAAGGGCGCAGAGCAGAAGCCACCUGAGGAAAGCAGUGAAGACAGCAGUGACGAGUCUGAUUCUAGUUCUGAAGAAGAGAAGAAACCUGCAGUUAAGGCAGUUGUUCCUAAAGCAGCCCCUAAAGCAGGACUGGUGAAGAAGGCCGCCGAAAGCUCUUCGGACAGCUCAGACUCAGACAGCUCUGAGGAUGAAGCUCCUGCCAAGCCAGCUAGUACCACCAAGAAUAAACCAGCUGGUGCUACUCCCAAGCAGCCUGCGGCUAAGCCAGCUGCCACUCCCAAGCAGCCUGCGAGUGGUGGCCCGAAGCUUCUGACCAGAAAGGCUGAUAGCAGCUCCAGUGAAGAGGAGAGCAGCUCCAGUGAGGAAGAGGAGCAGGAAAAGGCAAAGAAGACUAUAGCCACCCCUAAGGCCAAGGUCACAGCCAAAGCGGCUCCAGCUGUGCCAACCAAGCAGACUCCUCAGGCUGGUGGGGACAGCAGUUCUGAUUCAGACAGCUCCAGCAGUGAGGAGGAGGAAGAAAAGACACCUAAAACCCCAGUUAAAAAGCCACAGAAGGCAGCCGGGAGUGCUGCCCCUCCCAAGCCGGCCCCGGUAAAGCCUGUGAAGGCUGAGAGCUGCAGCAGCUCCUCUGAUGACUCCAGUGAGGAGGAGGAGGAGGACAAGAAGCCCAAGGGCAAGGCUACUGCAAAGCCGCAAGUUCCCAAGGCCAAUGGGACCUCUGCCCUGACGCCUGUCCAGAAUGGGAAAGCGAGCAGGGACAGUGAGGAGGAAGAGGAGGAAAAGAAAAAGGCAGCAGUGGCUGAUUCUAAGCCAGGUUCAGGAAAGAAGCGGAAGCAGAAUGAGGCUGCCAGUGAAGCAGAGACUCCACCAGCCAAGAAGGUUAAGGUCCAGACCCCCAACACAUUUCCAAAAAGAAAGAAAGGAGAAAAACGGGCAUCAUCUCCGUUCCGAAGGGUCCGGGAGGAAGAAAUUGAAGUAGAUGCGCGAGUGGCGGACAACUCCUUUGAUGCCAAGCGAGGUGCAGUUGGAGACUGGGGGGAGCGAGCCAAUCAGGUUCUGAAGUUCACCAAAGGCAAAUCCUUCCGGCACGAGAAAACCAAGAAGAAGCGUGGCAGCUACCGAGGAGGCUCCAUUUCCGUCCAGGUCAACUCCGUUAAGUUUGACAGUGAGUGACCCUGGUGAUGAUUGGAAACUGCCCACUUUCUCCAGUGGACUUGGGAACCUUCAACUCUAUUAGAGGGGAGGGUCUUGGUGAGGACAGAAGUUUCAGCUGCAACAUAACAUAUCCUGUGUUCCUAGUUUGUACAGAUUUUUUGAGUGUUGGGUAGCAGGGACGAGGUAAGGGAAAUGUUAUUUUUUAAAAAUCUUUUUUAGUUGUCACCCCUGUUCUUCCUGUUUUGUGGAAGUCCUCAUAUGAGAAGUUUGUAUGUUUUAUAUUAAAUCAUUUCCAGUUGAUUAUUGUGAUUUUCAGAGGUGGGUUCCUACAGAUAAAAUCUUAACCAUUGCCGAAGAUACAGUAAAAGGUCACAUGAAUUUUUAUAGUUGGGGGAGAAUUCUGCCAGUGAGUAUGCCCGUGUUUUAUCUGUCCUUUCCUCAAAGACCUGCUGCUGGCACUAGGGAAUGUUUAACAUGUCCCUGUAUCUGUUAAGCAUGUACUGUGAAGUCAGCCUUCAUUUGUUGGGUCUGCGCCUGAGGUUUUCAGCCAGCAUGAACCUGUUCUUGGGAUACAGUUUACUGUUUUGUUAAGAGCAGAAUUCUCUUGUGAAAUGAAUGCUAGGAGUUAAUCUGAAUAUUUUAUUUUUUGUGUGAUUUUAUCACUAUUGCAUCUUGUUUGCAGCAUAGUACAUGUUUUGAUUUUUAAUUUGAAAGCAAAGUUUUCUACUUGUAACAAAGACAAUUUUCUUAUGACUUGAUCCCUACCAGCACUGAGAGCAAAGCUGAGAACUACAUCGUUUUUUACACUAUUGAGAACAAAAAAAUCUGAAAAAUACAUAUCAUUUUUAGGUAUUUUUGUUUGGUGGCUGUUGUGACAUGCAGAAUUGGUUUCAUUAAUUGCUACGUGACUGGGAACCAUUGAUCAAGAAAAUGGGGGGAAAA